UGGCGUCUGACGGUGAAGACGUUAUUGCAGUCGUCACAGUUCAGUGUUCUUAAUCUGUGCCUCCAUGUACACAUAUAUGUCCUUUAUUACAUUCUAGUAAAUAGAGUAAACAUCGUUAAUAACUGUUUGCAUCCGGUUAUAUUAGUCUGAGCGCACUUUGAUGCUUCUCGAGCUAGAUUAGCUUGCUAGUUAGCUUAGCUUGUUAGCUGCUAACAAAGAGAGGCGGAAGUGAUCAAAACACAUCACUAAGUAGAGAUCAAAUGUGAGUGUAAAGUGUUGUGAUUGUGUGAAAAUGUGCCAAAGAACCAUAGCAGAGUACGAGGAGGAACUUUGUCCAACAAAAGAGGAGAAGGAGCGACAACAUGAAAAACAUCAAGUUGUGUUACACAGAACAGACAUCCAUCAGCUGAUUGGACACCAAGAAGAAUGUCUCCCUCAUCUGCAGGGGGACAGUUUCACUUUAGAGUAUCCACAGCCCUCACAUUUUAAAGGGGACAAGGAGUAUCCACAGCCCCCCUAUUUUAAAGCGGAAGAGAGGGGAGAUUUUCCUGUAGGGCAGGAGGAGGCUGAUGUCAGCAAGUUUCCACUGACUGUUGUCUCUGUGAAGACUGAAGAGCAUGAAGACAAACCACCUGAGUCCUCACAGCUUCAUCACAGUCCAAUACUCUACACAGCACCCAGCAUUGUCCCACCCACACAACCAUCUGAUUGGUUACAGACAGAGCAGUAACAGCCAAUCAGCAGUGUGUGUCAUGAGCAGACGUUGAAGAAGAACCUCUACCCCAUGAGCAGGAGAAGGAACCACAGUCCCCCAACAUACGCGAGAAAAAAGAGGUACCACAUUCCCAGCACAGCAAAGAGGGAGGAGAGGAGCCACAUCCCCCCCACAUUAAAGAGGAAGGCAAGACGCCACAGACCCAUAAUGUUAAACUGACCCUUCACAUUAAAGGGCAAGCGGAGGACCCACUGAUCUUACACAUCAAAAAUGAAGAGGAGGACCCACUGACCCCUCACUUUAAGGAGCAAGAGAACCUGCUGACCCCUCACAUUAAAAAGGAAGAGGAGGACCCACUGACACCCUACUUUAAAGAGGAAGAGGAGGACCAAGAGCCGCCGCACAUUAAAGAGGAAGAGGAGGAAGAGGGCAUCAGUCAGCCUAAAUGGUUGGAGGAGUUCCCAGUGACUGGUGUCCCUGUGAAGAGUGAAGAUGAUGAGGUGAAAGGUGAAAGUGAGGAGAGGGGAGGGGGGGAGCCUCCAAGCAGCAGCUCAACACAACACAUGACAACAGAAGCUGAUGGAGACCACUGUGGAGGAUCACAAGCAGACAAGCUCUUAGCUCCACUAUCAGAUAGUGAGGACACAACGUCACACUCUCCUGACACUGAUGAUGAAGACUCUAAAGAUGAUAAGACAUGUCACACUGACAACACUCACUUCACAUCUUCUCUCUCUCACAAAACUUUUAAAUAUCCUAGUAAAUUGAAAAGACACAUGAGAACACACACUGGAGAAAAACCUUUUUCUUGUUCACUCUGCAGUAAAGGUUUUAGACAAAGUAUCAAUUUGAAAGUACACAUGAGAACACACACUGGUGAAAAACGUUUUUCCUGUUCAACCUGUGGUAAAGGUUUUACACAAAGUCAGAGUUUGAAAAGACAUAUUAGAACACACACUAGAGAAAAACCUUUUUCUUGUUCACUCUGUAGUAAAGGUUUUACACAAAGUAUCAAUUUGAAGGUACACAUGAGAACACACACUGGUGAAAAGCCUUUUUUCUGUUCAACCUGUGGUAAAGGUUUUACAACAUGUACAUAUGUGAAAAGACACAUGAGAACACACACUGGGAAAAAAAUCGCAUUCCUGUUCAAUCUGCAACAGAAUCUUUUGUCAACAAUCAAAGCUUGUAGCACACAUGAGAAGACACCCAGGAGAGAAAGUGUUGAGUUGCAGUGUGUGUGGUGAAAGAUUGUCUUCUAAGUACCAGUGUAAGAAACACAAGUGUGCUGGUGAGAACAGCAGCAGCAAAUGAAACUGCAGGAUUUGAAAUAAACUGUCCAGACUUUCAUUUUGACUUUCUAACAACAUCAGCACAUAUAACAUGUGUGACAUUGUUGUUUGUCCAACAAUCUGUUUAAUAUGCUUCUACAUUUAUAGAUUAAGAUAGUUUGAAAUAUGAAAGUAUUACAUAUUUGUAUUUGUAAUUGUUAAUAAUCCCAUAGAUUAUCACCUUUAUAUGAUAUACAUAUGUACUGGUUCACAUCUGAAACAUCUUCUGGACCACUUCAGGAAGCAUAUUAUUAUUUACUUUAUACAUCAUUUAAACAGUUGUCUUAUAUACAAUUUUAAAAUGUGUGAUUUUAUGAAUCAUUUGUUGGGAAUCUGUAAUCCAUUUUAUUAUUAUCUUUAUUACUCUCUUUUGUAUUAUGAUAAUUGUGUUGUGAUUAUUUUAAAUGUAUGUCCCCAGACCUUUAUGCAAUAAAAAGUGAGAGAAAAUGUCUGAA